AUGCUUUCUCCUCGCUUCCGAAUACUUCUCUCCAUUUUACCCUUUAUUCUAUUAAUUCCCUUAAAUCAUUUCUUUUUCGUCUUCAUCGUAUUCGUCUUCUUCGUCUUGUUGUUGUUCGCCUUCUUCUUCGUUUUCUUUUUUUUCUUCUUCUUCGUCUUCUUCUUCUUCGUCUUCUUCUUCUUCGUCUUCUUCUUCUUCGUCUUCUUCUUCUUCGUCUUCUUCUUCUUCGUCUUCUUUUCUUCUUCUUCUUUUCUUCUUCUUCUUCUUCGUCUUGUCGUUGUUGUUGUUCUUCUUCGUUUUCUUUUUCUUCUUCUUCAUCGUCUUCUCCACCUUAUCAUUUCCAUCUACCAUCUUUCUUUAUCGAUUUUCGAUUUCUCAUCCUUCACGCUUUCCUCUUCUCUCCUUACGGCAGCAUUUUCUCUGAAUGUCUUCAUGUUUUUUUUUCCGUUUUAUCUAUCUAAGGUUUCUUCUUUUCUUCCAUAUUUUUUAGACUAUCUUUUCCUUUCACCAUCUAAUCAAUCUACCUUGGUAUUGUCUCAUCUAUUUAUCUAUCUAAUUUUCUUUAUAGCCCUCUGUUCCUAUCUAUCUAUCUAUCUAUCUAUCUAUCUAUCUAUCUACAAUCAGAACAUUUUUCAACAUAAUCUUUCUACUAUCUAUCUAUCUAUCUAUUAUGUAUGUAUGUAUCUAUCUAUCUAUCUAUUAUGUAUGUAUGUAUCUAUCUAUCUAUUAUGUAUGUAUCUAUCUAUCUAUUAUGUAUGUAUGUAUCUAUCUAUCUAUUAUGUAUGUAUGUAUCUAUCUAUCUAUUAUGUAUGUAUCUAUCUAUCUAUCUAUCUAUCUAUCUAUGUAUGUAUCUAUCUAUCUAUCUAUCUAUCUAUCUAUCUAUCUCAGUCUGUUAAUAUCUAUCAUUCUGGUCAUUAUCUAUCUAUCUAUCUAUCUAUCUAUCUAUCUAUCUAUCUCAGUCUGUUAAUAUCUAUCAUUCUGGUCAUUAUCUAUCUAUCUAUCUAUCUAUCUAUCUAUCUCAGUCUGUUAAUAUCUAUCAUUCUGGUCAUUAUCUAUCUAUCUUCUGUUAAUAUCUAUCAUUCUGGUCAUUAUCUAUCUCUAUUCUCUAUCUAUCUAUCUAUCUAUCUAUCUAUCUAUCUAUCUCAGUCUGUUAAUAUCUAUCAUUCUGGUCAUUCUAUCUAUCUAUCUAUCUAUCUCAGUCUGGUAUCUAUCAUUCUGGUCAUUAUCUAUCUAUCUAUCUAUCUAUCUAUCUAUCUAUCUAUCUAUCUCAGUCUGUUAAUAUCUAUCAUUCUGGUCAUUAUCUAUCUAUCUAUCUAUCUAUCUAUCUAUCUAUCUAUCUAUCUAUCUAUCUAUCUCAGUCUGUUAAUAUCUAUCGUUCUGGUCAUUAUCUAUCUAUCUAUCUAUCUAUCUCAGUCUGUUAAUAUCUAUCGUUCUGGUCAUUAUCUAUCUAUCUAUCUAUCUAUCUCAUCUGUUAAUAUCUAUCGUUCUGGUCAUUAUCUAUCUAUCUAUCUAUCUAUCUAUCUCAGUCUGUUAAUAUCUAUCAUUCUGGUCAGUAUCUAUCUAUCUAUCUAUCUAUCUAUCUAUCUAUCUCAGUCUGUUAAUAUCUAUCAUUCUGGUCAGUAUCUAUCUAUCUAUCUAUCUAUCUAUCUAUCUAUCUAUCUAUCUCAGUCUGUUAAUAUCUAUCAUUCUGGUCAGUAUCUAUCUAUCUAUCUAUCUAUCUAUCUAUCUAUCUAUCUAUCUAUCUCAUAUCUAUCUAUCAGUCUAUCUAUCUAUCUCAGUCUGGUAAUAUCUAUCAUUUCAUCCCUAUCUAUCUAUCUAUCAUCUAUCUAUCUAUCUAUCUAUCUAUCUAUCUAUCUCAGUCUGUUAAUAUCUAUCAUUCUGGUCAGUAUCUAUCAUCUAUCUAUCUAUCUAUCUAUCUAUCUAUCUCAGUCUGUUAAUAUCUAUCAUUCUGGGUCAGUAUCUAUCUAUCUAUCUAUCUAUCUAUCUCAUCUGUUAAUCUCAUCAUUCUGGUCAUCUAUCUAUCUAUCUAUCUAUCUAUCUAUCUAUCUAUCUAUCUAUCUAUCUAUCUAUCUAUCUCUCUCAUCUGUUAAUAUCUAUCAUUCUGGUCAUUAUCUAUCUAUCUAUCUAUCUAUCUAUCUCAGUCUGUUAAUAUCUAUCAUUCUGGUCAUUAUCUAUCUAUCUAUCUAUCUCAGUCUGUUAUCUAUCCAUUCUGGUCAUUAUCUAUCUAUCUAUCUAUCUCAUCUGUUAUCUAUCAUUCUGGUCAUUAUCUAUCUAUCUAUCUAUCUAUCUAUCUCAUCUGUUAAUAUCUAUCAUUCUGGUCAUUAUCUAUCUAUCUAUCUAUCUCAGUCUGUUAAUAUCUAUCAUUCUGGUCAUCCUAUCUAUCUAUCUAUCUCUGUCUAUCUAUCUAUCUAUCUCAGUCUGUUAAUAGCUAUCAUUCUGGUCAUUAUCUAUCUAUCUAUCUAUCUAUCUAUCUCAUCUGUUAAUCUGGUCAUUAUCUCUCUAUCUAUCUAUCUCUGUCUGUUAAAUCAUUCUGGUCAUUAUCUCUCUCUCUAUCUAUCUCAGUCUGUUAUUUUUCAUUCUGGUCAUUAUCUAUCUAUCUUAUCUAUCUAUCUAUCUAUCUAUCUCAGUCUGUUAAUAUCUAUCAUUCGGGUCAUUAUCUAUCUAUCUAUCUAUCUAUCUAUCUAUCUAUCUAUCUAUCUAUCUAUCAUUGGAUUUUUUUUUUUCUUUUUAACUCUCCUUCGGUCUUUUACUCUUUCUUACACUUUCUCGCUUAAACCGAACGAACAUCAUAUCCUGUCAGAGGCGAUGUGCCAUGCGCCAUUCUUAAGCCAAGCUGACAUCCGGCGGAAGCUCUUCGCUGGCUGA